CAGUAGCGUCGCGACGUUCCUUGGAGGCGGCGGCUGCGGUGGCGGCGCACACGUUUGUCGGCGUGCUUCUCUUCCAAUUACUAAAAUACUCGUAAAACACAAUCAUGUUCAACCGACCUCAACCGUAGUAAUCUUAAACCCUAUCACCAAAGGUCAAGAUCCAAAAAUAAGAUGUGUCUAUCUAAAAUAUUCAGUUAAACGAUAUACGACAACAUGAAAUCAGUGCACGGACUUGUUGUCAAAUAUUCAGUUAUGUUUAGAUUGAUGAUUACAAUCGGUCUUUUAGAGUGCAUUGGCGGAGUGCGAAUCAACAGACUGCAAGUACCGGAAGUGACGCAAUUGGGCGACCCAGUCGUCCUCGAUUGCGAUUACACACUAGAGGAGUCUUUGGACGACGGAUUGGUCGUUAAGUGGUUUUUUAACGAGACUCCCACCCCGAUUUAUCAGUGGAUUCCCAACAAAAAACCGCAGGAAUUAGGUAUACUUAAGGGACGUCUCGAUUUAGAAUAUUCGGCGAGCACCGAUACGAAUAGUGUGCACCGCGCCUUGCAUAUCAUACAGCCAGGCCCGGAUCUUUCCGGGGAUUACACUUGUUUCGUUUCCACGUUCAGCAGUGAGGACAGGAAAACGAAAAGGAUGCUUGUUUUCGUGCCGGAAAAGCGUCUAGAGUUGCGACAAGAACACGUCGGCGACGGCACGUUGCAGGUGGUGUGUUCAGCAGAGGGCGUUUUCCCUAAACCCAAUAUGAGCCUGCAUGUGGGCAACAGCGAAGUGAACAGCUCAAAGGUGGCGGUGCAGGAAAGGGCCGGACUUUUCGACAUUCGUGCCACAGCAGAGGUGCCGUCUUUAAAUGGCCCCGAGGAGUUCUCGUGUGAGCUUCGAAUCCCCCAAGCCAAUUACACCGUCAGAAAGGAAGCAAUCUAUUAUCCCGAUAUUGGUCAAGGACUAAUCCACGCCUCCAAAAUUUAACAAGGCCACAGUACAACCGUAUGGUUAACGUAUGGGCAGGAGUUAUUAAUAACACACUAAUAGGCCUAAUUUUUCAUAGAAAGAUAUUUAAAUUCAGUUUCCUUCUUAGAACUUCUUCGCACACAAGUGGUACCCCAAAUCCAAAAUUUAAACAUUGAUAAUGCCUGGUUCCAAAUGGAUGGAGCUCUUUCGCAUUCUACUGCAGGAAUCAGACAUUAUUUAAACGAAAUUUUUCCGGAGCGGUGGAUUGGAAGGUUUGGACCAAUAUCUUGGCCCCCUCGGUCCCCAGAUUUGUCCCCCAAUGACUUUGUUUUUUGGGGGUACUUAAAAUGUUAAAUUUAUAAUAAUGUGAUAAUAAAUAAUGUGGAAGAACUUAAAGAUCGGAUUAGACAUGCUUCCAAUGAGCUUGACCCCAUUUUCAUACGAAAUGCUGUUCAGGGUUUUCAUAACAGGCUCGGUUAUUGUCUGGACCGAGAAGGUGGACAUUUCGAACAUUUGUUAAAAUAAGUUAUUAUUUUUUUACCUGGUACUGUUACCUCAAUAAAUUUCACAAAAACUAAUUUUUCACUGCUUGAGAAUUUUUGAUGGCGCACGGUAUAAUUAGAUGCAUAUGGUAGCGCUCAGCUCCGUUUGCGUGUGCGUCAUCUGACAUUUCUGUCACUACGUUUACAUAGCAGGGGCAUAGCGGUGACAAACUAUCAAAUAUUUUUUGAGGUUACGAAGUGUUUAAAUUAUGAGUUGUUACAAAAAAUACAGAUUCACAAAACAAGAACUAAUAAACGCAGAAUCAAAAACCUAACGAAACGCAAAUCACAAAACACAAUAAACGAACAGAAAAUACUUGCGAUUAACACCGAUAACACUUUCGAAAACCAUGCGAUGACGUCUAUUAUUUACUGUCAAUGUCAGUUUGACAAAUUCGUGACACUUGACGGUGUUGUCGAAGUGCACAUGUAAAUUAAUGUUCAAGGAUACCACCCUUAGAUAGCCCUUAGCUGUUUAAAUUUGCAUUGUUUUUGAUAAUUUUUUAUAGCUUUGUGUUGGUAAUGAAAAAAUGAAAUUGAUGACGCACACGCAAAUCGAGCUGACCGCCACUAUAGCAAUAUU